UAAUCCAGGCAUGCGUACUAGUUAAAUUUCCGGUUGAAUGUCGAAAUUCAUUCAAAAUGGCGUCGUCUGAUACUGGUGAUGAUUCUCUGUACCCAAUUGCAGUGUUAAUUGACGAAUUAAGAAAUGAAGAUGUGCAGUUGAGAUUGAAUAGCAUUAAAAAACUAUCUACAAUUGCUUUGGCAUUGGGAGUUGACAGGACCAGAAGUGAACUCAUACCCUUUCUUACAGACACUAUCUAUGAUGAAGAUGAAGUUUUAUUAGCCCUGGCAGAGCAACUUGGAAAUUUCACACCUUUAGUUGGCGGACCCGAAAGUGUUCAUUGUCUUUUGCCACCACUGGAAUCACUGGCAACAGUCGAAGAAACUGUAGUGCGUGACAAAGCAGUUGACUCUUUACGCUUGAUAGCAGCUCAGCAUUCUCAAGCUGAUCUGGAAAAUCAUUUUGUUCCUUUGGUAAAGCGGUUAUCUGGAGGCGACUGGUUUACCUCAAGAACUUCAGCAUGUGGAUUAUUUGCAGUAUGCUAUUCAAGAGUAUCCAACAAUGUUAAAGCUGAGCUUCGACAGCAUUUCCGCAAUUUGUGUGGAGAUGACACACCAAUGGUGCGAAGAGCAGCUGCCGGUAAAUUAGGGGAAUUCGCAAAGGUGGUGGAAGUGGAUUUCUUAAAAUCGGAUCUUAUUCCUUUAUUUAAUGCAUUAGCUCAAGAUGAACAGGAUUCUGUCAGAUUAUUAGCUGUUGAAGCUUGUGUCAGUAUUGCUUCCCUACUUCAGUCGGAAGAUGUAGAUCUACUUGUUAUGCCUACCUUGCGUCAAGCAGCUGAAGACAAAUCAUGGAGAGUUCGUUAUAUGGUAGCUGACAAAUUCACUGAUUUGCAAAAAGCUGUUGGUCCAGAAAUUACUAAAAAUGAUUUAGUUCAGGCUUUUCAAAAUUUGUUAAAGGACUGUGAGGCUGAGGUUAGAGCUGCUUCUGCUCACAAAAUCAAAGACUUUUGUCAGAAUUUAUCUCCAGAUGUGCGAGAAAACAUCAUCAUGACCAACAUUCUCCCCUGUGUGAAAGAUUUGGUAGCAGAUGCCAAUCAACAUGUCAAGUCAGCUUUAGCAUCUGUCAUAAUGGGUCUUUCUCCUAUUUUGGGAAAAGAUAAUACAAUAGAGCACUUGCUUCCACUAUUUUUAUCACAACUAAAAGAUGAAUGCCCGGAAGUACGACUUAAUAUAAUUUCCAAUUUGGAUUGUGUAAAUGAAGUUAUUGGAAUUAAGCAGCUGUCACAAAGUUUAUUACCAGCGAUUGUGGAUCUUGCAGAAGACACUAAAUGGAGAGUCAGAUUGGCAAUAAUUGAAUACAUGCCUCUUUUAGCUGGGCAGUUGGGAAAUGAAUUUUUUGAUGAGAAACUGAAUGCAUUAUGUAUGACUUGGUUAGUUGAUCAUGUUUAUGCUAUUAGGGAAGCUGCUACUUUAAAUCUAAAGAAACUAGUAGAGAAAUUUGGAGUGGAAUGGGCUCAACAGAUUGUCAUUCCCAAAGUAGUACAGAUGUCCCGUGAUACAAAUUAUCUUCAUAGAAUGACUUGCUUAUUCUGUGUAAAUUUGUUGGCAGAAGCUUGUGGUUCUGACCUAACAGGUAGACUAUUGUUGCCCAUGAUAACUGGAAUGGCUGGAGAUGCUGUAGCCAAUGUUAGAUUUAAUGUAGCAAAAACACUGCAGAAAUUAGGUCCUCUCUUGGAUCAGUCACUCAUUCAGCAACAAAUCAAGCCAUGUUUAGAACAACUUAAACAGGAUCCAGAUAUAGACGUACAAUAUUUUGCUAUUGAAGCAAUGGACACUUUAAAGAUCACUGCUUGAACAUGGUUGUAAUCGGCAGUGACAUGUGGAUAUUUUUAAGUCAGGUGUAUUUUGAUAUAACAUGUAGAUUCACAACUUAAUAGUUUUCUUCAUUUGUGACUAGGUUAUGUCUGUUGUAAUUUGGAUACAUGUAUGGUCAAGAUCAUGGAUGUGCACAGAUCAUCCUGACCUUGACCAAGACAAUAAUUUGCCAAGUGUAACUUUCUGAUAUGUAAAUAAAAAGUGAAAUAUUGA